GCUGUUGCCAGGGAACAGUCGGCGUAGAGGACCAUUCACAGCAGCUCAUGGAGUAAAAACACAAAGAGAGACUUGAUAUAUUUGUGGUGUUUUUAGAAUAAACAGGCAGAUAGGAACAGGAGGAGUAUCCCAGUAUGGACUGGAAUAAACCAACAUGAGCAGAGACGAUAGUACAGUAUAACUGCUGAAGAGGAAUUGGCACAGAUGAAAUAGCUAUUAUGGGAUGGAGAGAGGAGGGAUUAUCACAAAAGGAUUUAGAUUAUAAAUAGAAUUACAUGGCAGAAUAGACAACCAGAAACAGUCAUAAUGAUACCAGCAUUGAUGCCUUCAAUUUAAAGGGUUGAGUGGAACUCUAAAGGAGCCUGUCACUUCAGUCUUCACGGCCAGUCUCUUUCACAUUCUCCUUCCCCAACAGAGGUGGCCAGGGGGGUUUAGGGAACAGAGCUGCCCCCUGUCUUCAGACACCUGCUGCUGCCUUGACACAGGGGAUGUAGAGAGAGAGGGGGGCGCCUCACUAGACCCAUGCAUCAACCCUGGUCUGGAGGAUUACAAUUCCUAGCUGUCCAAUCUUUACAUCAGUGAGUAAGGUGGGUGGACGCACAGGGACGCACAGACGGACGGAAGAGAUUCAAAGGAUCUCUUAUUGCCCAUGCCCCUCUCCUCCCCUCCAUGGAAUGAGGCGACUGUAAGAAUGGAUAACAUGGAGUACAAAGACGAGUGGCAGGAUGAUGAUUUUCCCAGACCACUUCCUGAGGACGGUGACAUGGAGUCUUCCUGUGGUCUCACCGAUGACAAAGCCUCUCCCCCCAACUCUCUGAAUGUUAGUGCAAGUGGAGGUGGCGGAGGUGGAGUAGUGUCCACCCAUCGCAAGCGCCGUACGUUAGUGGCCCCGGAUAUCAACCUCUCCCUGGACCACAGUGAGGGUUCCCUGCUGUCUGACGACUUCCUGGAUACGCCCGACGACCUGGACAUCAACGUCGACGACAUCGACACCCCCGACGACAACGACUCUCUGGAGUUCAUCACCAAUGGCAAUGAGCUGGAGUGGGAAGAUGAUACGCCGGUGGCCAUCGCCAAAGCGGGGCCUGGUGACGGAGAGGAGGAAGACUGUGCUGAUGGGACGGGGGGUAACGGGCGCCUGUGGAGGACCGUGAUCAUCGGGGAGCAGGAGCACCGUAUCGACAUGCAGGUCAUCAGGCCGUAUCUCCGCGUCAUCACCCAUGGGGGUUACUAUGGUGAGGGUCUGAAUGCCAUCAUAGUGUUCUCAGCCUGCUACCUGCCUGACAGCAGCUGUGCAGAUUACCACUACAUCAUGGAGAACCUCUUCCUGUAUGUGGUUAGCAGUCUAGAAAUGCUGGUGGCUGAGGACUAUUUGAUCAUCUACAUGAAUGGAGCCACACCGCGGGGCAAGAUGCCAGGCAUAGGAUGGCUAAAGAAAUGCUAUCAGAUGAUUGAUAGGAGGCUCAGGAAGAACCUGAAGUCUCUGGUCAUUGCCCACCCCACCUGGUUCAUCCGCACUGUGCUGGCCAUAUCCAGGCCCUUCAUUAGUGUGAAGUUUAUGAAUAAGAUCCAGUAUGUACACAGUCUGGAUGAGCUGGCAGAGAUAGUCCCCAUGGAACAUGUGCAGGUCCCAGAAUGUGUAAUGCAAUUUGAGGAGGAGAGGAUCAAGGCUCGGAGAGAAAGGAUGGAGCAGGAACAGCGGCAGCAGGAGCAGCAACAUCAGCAGCAGGCAAACCCACAGGAGUCUUCUUCAGCCAAGGCAGAGAGGCCCAAGUCAAUGAUCGCAGAGCAAGGAAUCUGAAAAGGACCUCUUCCUCUAUGUUCAACUCAUGUUGUUAAAAGAAGUUUGGAGCAUGAAAACAAUGUUUUGUAAGAAGCAAGAGGAAGGCCAACCAGUCUAAGAAUACUUCCUAAUUUAUCAAUAUCAAGCUGAAGAAAGAAUAAUGAUUUUUCCAUCGUGAUGUGAACCGACCUGACCCCCAGCACACACACAUACACACACACUCCUCUGAAGAUCUUAGGUUGCGACUGAUUCCAUCAGGACAUUCCAAGGAAGGAAAGUCCCGACAGGUACUCUCGCUGUCACAAAGACUGUACAACUGCAUAUGUUAAAUUUUACGACCGCUUGAAGCAUUUACUUUUGAACCCCCAAGUUCCCACCAUGAGUUUUGUAUCCAUUUCAAAUAUAGAUACCAGUGUGACAGUGAAAUUCCUUUGCAUUAGUCAAGAUGUAAGGAAAACGUACAAGAAUAUUGAAGAAAAUGUUCCACAGGACAUGUAAGAAAACAGGAAUAUUGUAGAACCUUUUCCACAGGACAUAUUGUAACUGGUGUAAGCUGUCAGUAGCAGGCAGGCAGGUAAUCAGACCUGUUUGAUGUGUUAGAGGCUCUUGCGGGGACCAUGGUAGACUAGACUUGAGGAUGUAGUGUUUGCUGAGAGGAGGAUAUGAUCAAAGAGGAGAAGAAGAGGGAAGAGAGAGUCAAGCAAUGCUUCUCAGAGAGCUCAGCAAUGGUGUAUGCUGUGGCAUAAUAAACAAUCUUUCACCCAUUAGCGCAAUGCUACUCCUUGUGUAGACCAGAAGGCUUUGCGAGACAUCAGAUGCCUUCACCUUUGCUUUGUUUUUGCCUCAUAAUGUCUCCUAAAACAGGCCUUAUUUUUAAUCUGCUGUGUUGCAUGAAUCAUUUUCAUGCCAUUGUUCCAUAUUCCUAGAUUGAUCUGGGGAUCAUUCAGUGCCCAACCUACCCAUGUACCUUACAGUUUACAAUUGGCUCAUUCAUCCCCCUCUCCCCUGUAACUAUUCCCCAGGUCGUUGCUGCAAAUGAGAACGUGUUCUCAGUCAACUUACCUGGUAAAAUAACGGUAAAAUAAAAAUAAAAAACAUUCUGAUGUGCCGCACAAAUUCUGUCUGUACAUGAAUAUGAAGGCACACUGAAAGUAAGACCAACAAGACAUUUGCUGUUUUUGACUGUAAUCAAGAGGACAGCAUUUAGUUUAAAUGACUUUAGUCAUUCAUGUUGUGAUUUAAUCACAUAAGUUUUCCAUUGUGCUUUGUUUUUGGUACAGUCAAAGCAUGUCAACAUGUUGCCAGCCUGUAAUGUCCCUUCAGAUGUCCAAUAAGAUAAUAGACUAGCUGUAAAUCUUCUAUUGGAUACUCACCUAAUGGAUGGUAAAGGGGAGGUAGUGUUAGAGUUUUUAUUUUUGUAAGAAUUACAUACAUUAUGUUUUGCCAGUGUAAUGUAAGUGUUGUUUUGCACUAUUGAAUUUGAUUGUCAUUAAAUGGUUAGCAUAGAAUCUAUCUGUGUAUAUUUGGGGACAGGUUGGCUUCCUAAUACUGUAUGUAACUCAAGAUAGAUUUUUGUGUGCUAUCGACAUUUUUGUGCAUUUAGUAUGUACAAUUUCAUGUAUUUUUGGUUACCUGUCUAGGCAUGCACAUCUAUAGCAAGUAUGAUGAGGAGAAAUGUCUAGAUGUUUCUGAAAAGCCAUCCAACUUCAAAAUGUUACUGUACCUUGAUUCAUGUAAAAUUGAAGUUAGACAUUUUCUGUGGACAGGUAUUUUGCAGAUGAUCAUGGGCUGGACUAGAGGUUACCGAUAUUCAAAGGACAGAGUAAGAAAAUGUCUUCAGAAAAGUUUACGAAACAUUCCGAACACUGGAACGUUUAUUUUGCCUUUGAAAUACCUAUCCCACCAAAAGGUAGGCCUAAACAAGGCACAUAACUGCAGGAGUUCUUCUGUAGUCUCCCAAUGUUGCUGGGGAUAGUGCCCUUUUCUAAGGAAUGUCAGUUCUUCUGAGUGCCUAUCUAUCUUUCAACCAAAUUCUACACAGAAAACUAUGAUGUGGAAUGUAAAAAUAUAUUCUCUUAACACUUAGUUGACUACUGGGACUUUUUCCAAGUCAUUGGUAGAAAACUGAUUUUGUUGACAGUAGUGUAUUUUGUUUUGGUAAAUGUUCUCCAUGGAAAGAAACCCCUGAGCAUCCAAAAAAGGAUAUGAAUCAUAUUUUCAGUCUUUAAAAGCACAAUAUGUUAUUACACUGAAUGAUUUGAAAGAGAUCAGUGGGUAAUUUGCCUGCUAGCAUACUGUAUCUAGCUUUUUUAUUUUUAUGCAAAGCUUAAAAUGGGGAUCAAAGAUUAGCCUUGUUCUUUAGAUUGUGAUGGUAAAUUCUUCCAUGUAAAUAAAAAAAUGAACUGUUCCACCCAACAA